UAAUCAUGUGACGUCACAAAACGCAAUGGCAGCGAGUGGUCUAUCCGUGACGGUCCUAGCUCCAAAUGGAAGAAGACAGACAGUUAAAGUGUCUCCAAAUACACCGUUAUUACAGGUGCUGGAGGAGGUCUGCAAGAAGCAUGGAUUCGAGCCUGACAAUCACGCCUUGAAGUUCCAAAGGACUGUUCUUGACCUGACACUGCAGUGGAGAUUUGCCAACCUGCCCAACAAUGCCAAGCUAGAAGUGGUGCCAAGUACAAGGAAACAAAUCGUAGCUGAUAGUCAGGUGCGGAUUGCGCUGCAGAUGGAGGAUGGCUCUCGUCUCCAGGGUGCCUUUUCUUGUGACAAGACUCUUUGGGAACUCCUGACACAUUUUCCUCAGAUCAGUGUGUCAGAGCUGACCGAGUCUGGGUCCACUCCUGUGUGUGUUUACAUGAGAGAUGAGGUGUGUGGUGAAGAGGCCCUCAAGAAUGCUACUCUGAAGUCUUUAGGCCUUACUGGAGGAAGUGCCAUUGUCAGGUUUUUACAGAAAAAGGACAAAGCACCAGAAGCUUGCAUGGAGACAACUGAAGUCACUGUUGUGCCAGUGCCCCCUGCUGUCAAAAAAUGCCCCCAAAGCUCAACGUCUCAGUUUGACUCCAUUCCUUCUCAUUCUCAAAACUCAGUAUCAGAAGAGACUAUAAAGCCUAAACCUGCUCAGUCACUCAAAACCACCCCGGUGCUCACUCCUGUUUCUUCCACUAGUACACCUCCUGUUCAACAGCAAACAUUGGAGGCUACAAAUCAACCAAAGGUUCCUCCUGUAGUCAGAGGAAUGUCAGAGACGGAUAGUGAGGAGGCAGGGCCAUCAGGGCUGAACUCUCAGUCAUCAUCAUCAUCUUCUGAUCCCAUGGUGCCAUUCAUUCCUUUUUCUGGAGGGGGUCAGCGCCUCGGUGGUCCAGGAGGAAGUGCAGUUGGCCGCAUGCUCUCCUCAUCGCUAUCAUCUUCAGCACUGUCAGCGUCUGCUGUAGAAUCGCCUAAAGCCAAGAAAGCAAAGCCUUCUCAUCAUUCUGCCGCCAAGCCUCAAGCCACUGCCGAAAAGUCAGAUGAGAUUAUGGAUGGAGCAGGAAAGUUCUUGGCGCCAGUGGAGAGAGAGCCUCUCAUCUACCACCUGGAGCGCGUGUCCCAUCGCUCUGAAGAGGAUGCGGAGCUGCCAGAUGAGUUCUUUGAAGUGACUGUGGAUGAUGUACGCAAGCGUUUUGCCCAGCUAAAGAGUGAGAGGAAAUUGUUGGAGGAGGCACCGCUAAUGACUCAAGCGCUUCGAGAAACACAGAUGAAGGAGAAGUUGGACAGAUACCCCAAAGUUGUGCUGAGGAUCCAGUUUCCAGAUCGACAUGUUUUACAGGGCUUCUUCAGGCCCCUCGAAACAGUUGGGGCUUUAACGGAUUUUGUAAGGAGCCACUUGGCGGAUCCGCUGCUCAGUUUCUACCUCUUUAUCACUCCCCCCAAAAAAAUUCUGGAUGAUCCUGCUGUCACACUUUUCCAGGCUGACCUGUUUCCCGGUGCCCUGGUUUACCUUGGCUCUGACGUGAAGACAGAAUUCUAUUUAAAGAGGGAACUCCUCGAAUCCUCGGUCUCGGCUUUGCAAGCAAAUGAAUCGAUUGCCAGCUGUAUGCUCCAGUCGACAAAACAUUCCCCCAAGCCUUCGCCCGAUAAAGAACCGCUGCCUCCUGCAGAGCCAACUGCUGACACUAAAGCGUCCACGCAGAACGAUGAAAAUCAACCGUCAACUCACACAAAGGCUGCUAAGCCUGGCAGAUCCAACCUGGGCAAUGUGCCCAAGUGGCUCAAGCUUCCAGGUAAGAAAUGAGACUGUGAGUGCAACCAAGCCAGAUGUGACACACACACUGCCUCGCAUAGCCAAUAUAUGCACUUGGACCUCAGCUUUGUGACUGCUGUGCACUUAAAUUCAACUUGGAAGAGGCCCGUCACUUUGAACUGUGUGAGGUACUGACUGGUGGAGUGAAGAGUUCAUAUUUGUUAAGAAGACUGAUGUGAUUUCAUUCUGGUUGAUGUGUGAAGAAAGACUGCUGGAUGUGUUUUAUUCCACACAGUUUAAGAAUUAAAUAUGCUGUUUGAACAGU